UGAGUCCACCAGCGAGUCCUGCCAUGUCAGAAACCGAGGGACACAAUUUUUAUAUUUGAAAUGUGGAUGUUAAGAAAUAUACUGAAAACAAUUACAGAAUUAUUAAUAGGAUGAUAACUAUCAGGCAACAUUCUUGAAUGUGUGAGGUGAGCCAUUUACAGACGUUUGCCUCUCAGCUGGGCAGAACUUAUUUACCCGCAACGCUGAGCCGUGUCUGUCAGCAGUAACGUUAGCAGGUCAGAGGGACCGUGUCAAGAAGGAGACGGGGAGAAGAACCCGGAAAGGAGCAGUUUCAUUCAGCCUGGUCAAUACAAAAUAUAAUUUUAGAGGAAGGUCACGGUCGCACCACUGCCUGUCGUCGAGGUAACGUUAGUACCAGCCUUGUUGUUCAAACUUGCAACAUCAGCAGCGAACUAGUUGUUAGCUGCUUGCCUAUCGUGCCAGCCGGCUAGCCCUUGCUAGGAGCAGUAGCGGCUAGCUAAUCUAGUUUAGCUGUUGGCAGCGUCGGGAAGAGCUUCCAAGAUGAGGCUAAAAGUGGGAUUCAUUCUACGAAGUUUGCUUGUCAUUGGGACUUUUCUUGGUUUGGUGGUGCUCUGGUCUUCUCUGUCGCCGAAACCCAACGAUGAAAACCCAUUUGGAAAACGGGAUGACCGUGUGCUGCCUAAAGGAGACCUAGCAGAUCAGUUUAAGCCUGUGGUGCCCUGGCCUCAUGUGGAAGGGGUGGAGGUCGACCUCAACUCCAUCAGACUCAAACAUGGAGGGGCCAACCAUCCCCAGAAACCUGACCAGCAGCCCAACCAAAAGCAGGUGAUCCAGCAGCAAUAUGUGACAUUCAAACCCCACACACAAGCCUACACCAGCCCCGUCCUGAAGAAAGGUAUCCUGGGAAACUUUGAGCCCAAGGAACCUGAGCCUCAAGGGGUCCCCGGCGGUCCUGGAGAGGGAGCCAAGCCCUUUGUCCUGGGUCCAGAGUACAAAGACGCAAUCCAGUCUUCCAUCAAAGAGUUUGGCUUUAACAUGGUAGCUAGUGACAUGAUCUCACUGGACAGAACCAUUAGUGAUAUACGCCAUGAAGAGUGUAAGUACUGGCAAUAUGAUGACAGACUGAUGACCUCUAGUGUGGUGAUAGUCUUCCAUAAUGAAGGCUGGUCUACACUGAUGAGAACCAUCCACAGUGUCAUCAAGAGGACUCCCAGGAAAUACCUGGCUGAGAUUGUCAUGAUAGAUGACUUCAGCAACAAAGCCCAUCUCAAGGAGCGUUUGGAGGACUACAUCAAGCAAUGGAACGGUCUUGUAAAACUCUUCAGAAAUGAGAAGAGAGAAGGACUGAUCCAGGCCAGGAGUAUAGGAGCCCAUAAGGCCACUAAAGGACAGGUGCUAAUCUACCUGGAUGCUCAUUGUGAGGUUGGAAUCAACUGGUAUGCUCCACUAGUUGCUCCUAUUUCAAAAGACAGGACAGCAUGUACAGUACCACUGAUAGACUAUAUAGAUGGUAAUGAGUACACUAUGGAGCCCCAGCAGGGUGGAGAUGAGGACGGCCUGGCUAGAGGAGCAUGGGAUUGGAGCCUACUCUGGAAGAGAGUACCGCUUAGCCAGAGAGAGAAGGCCAAGAGAAAACAUACCACCCAGCCGUACCGGUACACACACCACAGCCAGCAUGCUAACACUCAUCCCUGUUCUGUUUGUGUCUCCAUCUCCCAUUCCUUCAUCCCACCUGUCCUAUCCUCCACUGUGUCUUGCUCUGUCUUGGUCUCUGACACCCCACCCGAUGUCUUUGUGUUUCGACUGGCACUGCUGUCCGUAUUUGCCUGUUUUUAUUUCCUUCAUGUACACCACCCCUACACCUCUUUCCCCCCAUGUAUCUUGUAUGCUUGGCCCCAUCCCCACUCUGUCAGAACGGUGUGUACGGUGCCUCUGAUCGACUCCAUCCACGGCCAGAAGUUCACCAUCGAGCCCCAGGGUGGAGGAGACGAGGAUGGCUUCGCUAGAGGAGCCUGGGACUGGAGCAUGCUCUGGAAGAGAGUACCUCUGGGAGACCGAGAAAAAAAACUCAGAAAAACUCAGACUGAGCCAUAUAGGUCUCCAGCCAUGGCAGGUGGUCUCUUUGCAAUAGAGAGAGACUUCUUCUUUGAGCUGGGUUUGUAUGACCCCGGACUACAGAUAUGGGGAGGAGAGAAUUUUGAAAUAUCAUACAAGAUCUGGCAAUGUGGUGGGCAGCUGCUCUUUGUACCCUGUUCUCGUGUCGGACAUAUCUACAGACUUCAGGGAUGGCAAGGCAACCCUCCACCUGCACAUGUUGGAUCGUCGCCCACUCUGAAGAACUAUGUCCGUGUGGUAGAGGUAUGGUGGGAUGAAUAUAAGGACUACUUCUACGCCAGUCGUCCUGAAACUCUCACUCUAGCCUAUGGAGACAUCAUCGAGCUUAAACGCUUCAGGGAGGAACAUCGAUGCAAGAGCUUCAAGUGGUUCAUGGAGGAAAUAGCGUAUGACAUUCCACUGUACUACCCUCUGCCUCCAAAAAAUGUAGAAUGGGGAGAGAUUCGAGGCUUUGAGACAAGUUACUGUAUUGACAGUAUGGGACACACCAAUGGAGGCAAUGUGGAAAUUGGACCAUGCCACAGGAUGGGGGGUAACCAGUUGUUCCGUAUUAAUGAAGCCAACCAGUUGAUGCAGUAUGACCAGUGCCUGACUAGAGGAAGUGAUAAUUCAGCGGUCAUCAUCACACACUGUGAUCAGAACCAGAACACUGAGUGGAAGUACUUUAAGGAUCUCCAUCGAUUCACUCAUGUACCAACAGGGAAAUGUCUGGACCGCUCCGACCUGCUCCACAAAGUCUUCAUAUCAGACUGUGACAACAGUAAAACCACCCAGAAAUGGGAGAUGAACAACAUAGUGGCUGUCUGAAGACUGAACAACUCGCACAAAGAAAACCACUGGAAGCUUGGAGAGAAACAUGGUGGCUGUUUGAAGAGAGACACACACACAGACACAGACACACACACACACACACACACACACACACACACCAAUAAAUACAUUUAUACUACAAGUUUACAGAUAUAUCAAGCUGAUACUGUCCUUUAAAGAAAAAAAAAAGUUUUUUAUAUGAGCCAGUCAAUAUCAGUGUACCUCCAACAUGAGGGAGUUAAAAUGUCCCAAUUGAAAAACACAGAGUAUCAACUAUUAACAGUUUCAACCCAAAAGUUGGUUGGUACUGUUGGUCCAUACAGUCAUGCAUUCUACAGACACAUAGACACUCCAGGUGACAGAAGAACUGGUUGGUUGGAGGCUGAAGCUGCUGGUCCUCCGAUUGACCUGUUGGAUAAACACUGAACUAAGACAUAGGGGACUCCGUCUCUGUCCUUCUGUUUCUGUCUGUUGCUGUCCUUCAUAGUGGUUGUGUUUACACUGUCUUUCUUUUUUGUUCUUUUGGUCUUUAUUUAAACCACUAAAUUGAUUAAUGAAAUUAAUCACAUCAACUCUGACUAUUGAACAGUCACGCUCUUAUUAGACCUUUUCAAUCAACCAAGGAGUCCUUUUUAGUGGUGGAGGAGUGUAUGAAACAUCAGUGUGUUUUACUAGGUGUUUUAACCAAGUCUAUACAUACGCUGGGGGCAUAAAAUGGCUCCCAGGCUGAAAUAGUUAGUUAAAAUAGGAUGUCAAAAACUAAGCAUUUAUUUGAUAUAUUAAAGAAAGAUUCAGAUGAGCCAAAUCUGUUUAUAGAGCAAUCAUCCUGGCAUGUAUGGAACAAUCAACAUGUAAAGAUUAUUUCUCUGCACGGUCCUGUUCAGUCAUCUGCUUCGCCAAUAGGCCAAUUUUGCAAUGUCAGCCAAAAUACAUACAAACCUUAUUCUGCGGCCAGGGAGAGGCCAUCCUCAGAUGCCAAUGAGAUGUAAGUAAAGCUCCAAUAGGCACAUAGUAAACAGGCUGGACACUGACAUAUUCUAAUAUUGAAUUGUAUUUGUUUUUUCUUCACAUUUGCACUCCAGAGUUUGUGAAAGGCAUUCUUAACAUCCCCAAUUAAAAAUGCCACCAAACUUUCGAAAGUAUGACUAUGGCGUAAAAUGCAGAAGGAUUAUUUCAAAUGAAGUACUCUAUUGGUAUUGGUAUCACUUUAAGGCUACUGGUAUCGUCCUUUUUUAAACGAUACCCAGCCCUACACGCAAUGCUUAUGUCCUACAUAAAGCUUCAUUCAUCUCAAGUCCAUUCCCGCGAUGCCAUGCCUGAAACCAUCCCACCUAGAGAAAGCUUUCAAAUGCACAAUAGCAUGAAUAAAAGUAACUUGUCUUUCUUUUGUUCAAUUUGAUUAGUUGCCAUUUACUUCAAUUCAUUUCUAUUGGUUUGAAUUCCUUUUCAUCAACUUCUACAAACACAGAGAUGCUUUAGAGUUACUUAAACAUGUUAAGGAGAGCACAUUUUUAAGAACAGUGAUCUGACUGAUAAAGGACUUAUGAACUGCCUUACUGACAGUCUUGAUCAGUAAUUCAGUAGCUGACCAGUUAUCUGUGAUAUAGCUACUGCCUGUCUGAAAAUAAAAAUAUGACACUGGGUUGUUUGGGUGGGGAUUGAUACCAGUGAGAAAUACACAGCUAAUGGUGGGGAAAACAACAAAUGAAGAAAAUGUGGGUUUUUUUGGUUUGUUUUUGCAAGGGGAAGAGGGUUUGGUGUAAAGGUGAUCAUGGAUGCAAUGUUUUGUACAAUGUAAAUAGAUUUCUUUGUUAAGAUGAUCAUGAUGUAUUUUGUGAAGGGCCUUGAAUGAUGUAAAUAUCUAACUUAUAGCAGAAAUUUAAUAAUAUGGGCUGAACUGUGGGUGAUUGAGUGAAUAAAAGACCUGAUUUUUACUACCA